GUGUACAGAGUCACAGACUCAGGAACCAAUAGACAAAUAUCUAUUAACAAAACAACGCAACGCUUCUCUUUCUUUCUUUCUAUCCCUACUUCGCCUCUGUUUCAUUUGGCCCAUUGUUUCUCACAAGCCACACUCUUUGUUUGAAGCUUAAACUCCCUCUAAGCCCAAUCCUUAAUUUACUCAAUCUCAUCAAUGUUUCAUCAUCUGGAGUUCUUCUUUUGAGGGCUUUAGCAGAUUCCAUUCCUUGAGUCUCAUGCUGGAUAUGCCAAUCCUUUUAUCCUCAUUUCUGAUAUCCUUGUUUGCAUGAUCACAUCUUUUCCAAGGAUUUUAAAACCAUGGGUAGAGGUAGAGGAAAGGGUAAAAAACUAACUGUUACCAAUUUUGAGGAUCCUGCAAGUGGUGAGGAUGAAAAAGUUCCCACGCAAAAGAGAAGAGGGAGGCCACAAAAACCACUAAAGGAUGACUUUGAUGAAGAAGAGGUAGAGAAAAUAGAAGAUGACAGUGACAAUGUUAAGAAUGGAGUCUCUAACAAAGAGAUGAAAAGUCCCACUGCAACAGAAAAUGGAAGGAAAAGAAAGCGAAACUCACAGGUAAAAGAGAAAUUAGACUCAGUUGAGGAAGAAAAUGGCAUUGGCAAUGGAUCAAACACCACUGAUGAGUUGACAAAGACCAAUGGUUUUAGGCAUAAUGGAAGCAGGCGCAAAAGCACGCCCCGUCGAGCUGCUGAAGCAGGUGUUCAGUGCAAGUAAGGAUCAUAAAAGUUGUGCAUUAGCUUUCUUCCUUUUCAUAUUAUCAGUUAAAAUCAUGAGAAGAUAGGAAGUGCGGUGUAGUAUCAUUUAUUUUAUUUACUUGUUUUGUUUCUUUGUUCUCACUUUUAGUUUCCUUUUUCCUCGGUGAGUCUGAUUUGAGGGGUUCCAUUUGGUGAUACCCUAUCAUUAAUUCCUUUUUCUUUAUUUCAAUCAUGAAUUUGAGAGUUUACAAUGCUGGCUGUUGUCUUAUAAUGCUAUAACACUUCGAAUUUAAAUCUUGUUUACUUUGACUUUCAAUCUAAUUUUUAUCCUCCCCUCCUUUCAUCA